CCUCACUCGGAACAAAUAUCUCGUAGAUUUGUUGUUUUGUCCCGUUCUAUACCGCUCUUUUGGGCCGCCUCCCUCCGUCGCUCUUCCGUUUCACGCCUCUCAUCCUCCUAUUCCACUGCUCGCGUGUCCUCUCUCGUUGCCUCUUGCUCCUCCAAGCAAGCGAUAAAAAGAGAUAGGCCCGCAGCAGUGCGGACGGCCUCACCCGAGCAGUUCUCGCGAUGAAAGCUUGUCGAAGUCUCCUCUCACCUGUCCCGAUUCCCAUGGUUCCCAAAAAUUACCUCAGAACUCCCUACUCCAAUUCCGUUCCAAUGCUCCUUGAUCAAGCAAGUCAGCCGAUGAUCCAUGUACCAGCCACACAAGUGGUGCAUCACAUAACCGCAUCAGUUCUUUCAAAGGAACAAUGUGAUGAUCUCAAAACUAACCAUCUCAAUAAGGUUGAAAAAUCUGUGCAGGCAACACCAGAUAAGUGGUUAACAGAGGCUGGCAGAUCAUGUUCUGAAGAGAGAGAAAAGCAUGAAUUUAACCAAUACUUGAGAUAUCUCGAAUGCCAGUUGUCUUAUCAGCCCAGUUUAUGGUAUCCAUUCCCUCCUCUUGAUGAGGAAAAGCAAUCGUUACCAGUCUCUGUAGGUCCAGAAGAAACCAGUACCUGUGUAAGUGGAGACAGCAGUGCUAUGCAAGUUGAAAAUACUAAAGACUGCAUCACACCAGCCGAUGUUCUUGCCCUUGCUAAAAAGGCUAUGAUUGCCUCAAAAAUAGCAGCAUCUUUGGUGGAACAAUCAAAUAUUUUGGGAAUUGAAGUUGAUAAAUCAAACUUUUUAGGUUUUGAUGAAGGAUCAAACGAUGAUACUUUUUUUAAAGAAGAAACAACUGUUAGAUCAAGAAAGCUAUUGGAGAGGCGAUCCAAGAAACGUAAGGUCUCCAAGAAUCCAAACAAUUUUGUACACCAUGGUGCCAGUUCAAUGACCAUCAAUCAAAGCAAGAAGAUAGAUAAAAGGCUUGACUCCAAUGACCCCCUCAGGUUAUUCUUGUGGGGUCCUGAGACAAAACAACUGUUGACAGUUAAAGAAGAAAAGGAUUUAUUUGUUAAGAUAGAGGAUCUUAUGAGAUUGGAAAAAGUUAAAGAAAGACUUCAGUCACAAUUUGACCGUGAACCAACAUUGGCGGAGUGGGCUCAAGCAGUUGGAAUGAGCUGCCAAGAUUUACAGUCCUGCCUUUCUUCUGGGAGACGCAACCGAGAAAAGAUGAUUUAUGCUAAUUUUCGUCUUGUGGUACAUGUUGCGAGACAAUAUGAAGGGAAGGGCCUUAAUAUUCAGGAUUUGCUGCAGGAGGGAAGCAGGGGCCUUAUGAAGAGCUUAGAGAAGUUCAAGCCAAGAGCUGGAUGCAGAUUUCCAACUUAUGCAUAUUGGUGGAUAAGGCAAUCGAUCAAGAAGGCCAUAUUUAAAAACUCUCGAACCAUUCGGUUACCAGAAAAUGCUUUUGCACGAUUGAAAAGCAUAAGAGAAGCAAGGAGAUUGUGCAUUCAAGAAGGCCUUCUCCCAACAAAUGAAGAGAUAGCAAAACGUGUUGGCAUCACUGUUCAGAAGUUGGAAAUUUUGUUAUUGAACUCUAGAUAUCCAAUUUCAAUUCAAAGGCGUCCUUGGUUAGAUCAGGAUGUCACUUUUCAGGAAACAGUAGCAGACCCCAAGAUUGAGAUUCCUGAUCUUGUCAUAGCCAAGCAGAUGAUGAGGCAGCACGUACGCAAUCUUCUAAAUAUAUUGAAACCGAGGGAGAGGGUUAUAAUUCAGUACCGGUUUGGGAUCCGUUGCAGCGAACAGAAGUCUCUCUCGGAGAUUGGUGCCAUGUAUGGCCUUUCGAAAGAGAGGGUUCGGCAGCUAGAGAGCCAGGCGCUAGGCAAGCUGAGGAAGUGCCUCCAAAGCCAAGGUUUAGAAGCUUAUCUUGACUUGCUUAUUUGAGAGGUCUGCCAAUUGCAUUUAUUUAAUGGCAAUUGAGUUUCUGCACUUCCUCUACCAAUUAAUCCAUAUAUCAUCUAUGUAUCACUGUACAUACUACCAGUCUGUAAAUGGUUGGCAUAUCCAACUAUCUUGCUGGAACCAUUCAAGAUAUUUAGCAAACGUUGUGAUAAGAACAUAAACUUGUUGUUUUC